AAUAGACUGACAUAGAAAUCUAUGAUCUCCUGAAUAGCCUACUUCAUGAUCGUUAUGAUUGAUUGGACAUCGCAACGCUAACAUUUUUACACUGUAGUUUUCAGACGGUCCAUAGGCUAUAUGAUCCAGCGAAUGAAACCAACUUUACCGCCCAAUAAAUUUGGCAUUAUACGAAGCUAAUGCAUGUAAUCAAUUACUCGUGGACAAACGCACAAAACGUGCACCGAGCGCGUAACGUUACGUCAUCAUCGCUCGCGUCACAAAUUAAAAGUGAAAGUAAAUGAACAGACUUGAUGUUUCGGCAUUUAAACAACCAGGAAUAUUCUACAACAGGAAUAUCAGUGUGUUUUUAGAGGAACCUUUAUAAAAGUCUUCUAUCCACAGUCAGUGUUGGAAAUCAGAUUCUGUUUCAACUGUUCAGAUUCAUCAUGGAUGACACACAAACAUCCAGAGAUGAAGAUUUUUUUCCAGGAUGCAGUUCAGUUCAUCAGAAGCGAUCAGAACCAGAGCCCAGCUGUGUGUCUAUGAGGAGUGACAGGUCUAUGGGUCGGCCAGUAGAUUUUAAGAGUGGAGAUAAACAGACUGAUUUUCUCAGCUCAGUUCAUCAGAAGAGAUCAGAACCAGAGUCCAGCUGUGUGUCUAUGAGGAGUGACGAGUCUAUGGGUCAUAAAAUACAUUUUCUGAGUCGAGAUACAAAGACUGAUCGGAGCCAUGAAGUCCUCAACAGGUUUAGAUCAAAUCUGAAGAAGAAGUUUGAGUGUCUGUAUGAGGGAACAGCACAGCAGGGAAACCCAACACUCCUGAAUGAGAUCUACACAGAGCUCUACAUCAUAGAGAGUGAGAGUGGAAAGAUCAGUAAUGAGCAUGAGGUGAGACAGAUUGAGACACAAUCCAGGAGAGCAGCAACAGAGGACACACCGAUCCAAUGCAGUCACAUCUUCAGACCUUUACCUGGACAAGACAAACCCAUCAGAACUGUGCUGACAAAGGGAGUCGCUGGCAUUGGAAAAACAGUCUCUGUGCAGAAGUUCAUCCUGGACUGGGCUGAAGGGAAAGAGAAUCAGGACAUCCAGCUCAUAUUUCCACUUCCUUUCAGAGAGCUCAACUUGAUGAAGGACAAACUCAGUCUUUCAGAUCUUCUUCAUGCCUUUUUCCCUGAAACAAAAGAAAUGGAAAUAUCCAGUGAUAAGUAUAAAGUUUCCUUCAUCUUUGAUGGUUUGGAUGAGUGUCGUCUGUCUCUGAACUUUGAGAGCAAAGUGAAACUGUGUAAUAUAUCUGAAUCAGCCUCAGUAGACGUACUGCUAAUGAACCUCAUUGCGGGGAAUCUGCUUCCCUCUGCUCUUAUCUGGAUCACCUCCAGACCAGCAGCAGCUGAUCUCGUCCCCUCUGAGUGUGUCCAUCGAGUGACAGAGGUACGAGGCUUCAAUGAGCCACAGAAGGAGGAAUACUUCAGGAAGAGAAUCAGUGAAAAGAGAUUGGCUAAAAGAAUCAUCAGCCACCUGAAGUCAUCAAGGAGCCUCUUUAUUAUGUGUCACAUCCCAGUGUUCUGCUGGAUCUCAGCCACUGUUCUAGAGAAGAUGUUGAGGAAAUCAUGGAAAGGAAAGAUUCCCAAGACUCUGACUCAAAUGUACACACACUUCCUGAUCCUUCAGACCAACAUCAAACAUGAGAAGGACUAUGAGAAGAAUGUGACAGAUGAAGACAUGAUCCUCAAACUGGGGAAACUGGCAUUUCAGCAGCUUGUGAAAGGCAAUGUGAUCUUCUAUGAGGAAGACCUGAGAGAGUGUGGCAUUGAUGUGACAGAAGCAUCAGUGUACUCAGGAUUGUGCACUCAGAUCUUCAGAGAGGAGUUUGGCUGGUAUCAGGGGAAAGUCUUCUGCUUUGUUCAUCUGAGCGUUCAGGAACAUCUAGCAGCUCUAUAUGUGCACCUCUCCUUCACUAACAACAGCAUAAAUGUGUUUGACCAAAUCAACAAACAGAGUUUGUGGUCUAAAGUUAAGGACUGGCUUCAACUCAAUUCAUCAGAACAUGUUUCAUUAUCUGAGCUACAUCAGAGAGCUGUGAAUGAGGCUCUGCAGAGUAAAAAUGGACAUCUGGACCUUUUCCUGCGGUUUCUUCUGGGUCUGUCAGUGGAGUCUCAUCAGAUUCUCCUAAAAGGACUAAUGAAACAGACAAGAAGCAGAUCUGACAGCAAUGAAAAAACAGUUGAGUACAUUAAGAUGAAGAUCAGCACCAUUGACUCUCCAGAGAAAUUCAUCAAUCUGUUCCACUGUCUGAAUGAACUGGGUGAUCAUUCACUAGUGGAGGAAAUACAACAGUAUCUAAAAUCUGGAAGAAUAAAGAAAGGCAAACUUUCUUCAUCUCAGUGGUCAGCUUUAGCUUUUGUGUUGUUGACAUCAGAGAAGAAGCUGGAUGUGUUUGAUAUUAAUACAUUUGUUGGAGGAAACGAUAAAGCUGAAAAACUGAAAGUUUAUCUGAAGCUGCUGCCAUUGAUUAAAGAAUCCAGAUCAGUUCAGUUGAGUGAUUGUGAUAUCACAGAUGAAGGUUGUGCUGCUCUGACUUCAGCUCUGAGAUCAAACCCCUCACACCUGAGAGAACUGAAUCUGUCAGGGAAUGAAAUAGGAAAAUCAGUGAAUCUGCUGUCUGAUAUACUACAGGAUCCUCACUGUAAACUGGAGAUACUGCGGUUGAGUGAUUGUGAUAUCACAGAUGAAGGUUGUGCUGCUCUGGCUUCAGCUCUGAGAUCAAACCCCUCACACCUGAGAGAUCUGGAUCUGUCUGGGAAUAAAAUAGGAAAAUCAGUGAAUCUGCUGUCUGAUGUACUGAAGGAUCCUCACUGUAAACUGGAGAUACUGGGGUUGAGUUAUUGUGAUAUCACAGAUGAAGGUUGUGCUGCUCUGGCUUCAGCUCUGAGAUCAAACCCCUCACACCUGAGAGAACUGAGUCUGUCAGGGAAUGAAAUAGGAAAAUCAGUGAAUCUUCUGUCUGAUGUACUGAAGGAUCCUCACUGUAAACUGGAGAUACUGGGGUUGAGAGAUUGUGGAGUCACAGAUGAAGGUUGUGCUGCUCUGGCUUCAGCUCUGAGAUCAAACCCCUCACACCUGAGAGAUCUGGAUCUGACUGUGAAUAAAAUAGGAAAAUCAGGAUGUAAACUGCUCAUUGCUCUAAAGAAUUCUCCACAUUAUAAACUAGAGACACUGUGAUUUUGAGGAAAUUCCCACUCUGAGUCCGGCCCCACACACUCUCCUCACUGACACUCGCUGCUUUCUCCUCUCUAACUAGAGAAAUUCACCACAGUGUUUAUAAACUCCUCUGAUCUGAAUCACACAGCAGAAACCACAGGGUCCUGAAGCAGAGAGCUCAGAGAGCACACAGUUUGUAUAUCUUGUUAUACAUACUGAAUACAGAUUGAUAGAUUAAUAUAAUUAUAGCUUUUUUUUAAGACAGGGUUUCAUAAAUGUUAAUGAUGACUAUACAGUUUAAGUGUUAACUUGUGUAUAUAUAUAUAUAUAUAUAUAUAUAUAUAUAUAUAUAUAUAAAAUACUGUAUGUAUAACUGUAUAAAUAACACAUUUCGGACUGCACUGUAUUAAAGUCUCUCACUCACAUAAAAUAACACUUGUCACUUUAAAACUACUUUACAGCAAAAUUUGAAUUUGUCUUUUAAUUGAUCACUAAUGUGAUGUUGAUGAAGCUCUAGUCUGAAUGGAGAUGAGAAUAUAGUAGUGCUGUAAUCAUGAAGUAUUUUCAAAGGUGUUGUAUAAGAAACUCCAUUUCCAUGUCAAGUAAUGUUUAUCAUUUUUUUUUAAAUGUAAACUGCAGACCUUUCACAACUAAGCAGCAUUUUAUUUUUAUUUAAAAUUCACAUUUUGUGCUGUAUUCUAGUCUGAUUUUGCAUUAGUAUUAUAAGAAAUCAGUGUUAUUUAUGUAAGCACAUACCAGUCUUGAAAUCAGUAGAAAUGAUGAUCAGCUCAUAUUGAACACAGAGAUCAACCCCAACACACAUCCAUAAACUGCUCAUAUAAAAGUGUGAAUGAUGGGUUGAUUUAAACUGCUGACGUCAUUAUGUUUCUAAAAACUGCCUUAAUGAGACGUCUUUCCAUAUGAUCUUAUUGUUCAUUUGCUGUGUUUACAUGUAUUACAGGACUGUGCUUCAUAAUAAUAGUGCUUGAAGAUGUUUUGUAGACUGAAAUAAAUGUUGUAGAAACAAUUUUCACUCAGAAAUUGCUAGUGAAUUUCUCAAACACUUACAAAGAAACGACAAGUAACAUUGAAAUAAAUGUGAAACUAUAAAAACUGAAGUAACAUUGUCUUGCAAAAUGUGCUCUAAUAAUCUGUUUUAUUUUUUACAGUGUAUUGUAUAUACAGUGUACUGACUAACAGUAAAUAUUCAGACAUUUGCAUUAUAGAUAUUAAAGUAACAAUUGCACCACUAUUAAAAUUAUACAGUAAUGUAUCAUUACUAGUUUAACCAUAUUCAGUUGUAGCUAAAAUGUAAUCAACACCCAGACUGAU